CUCUAAUAAUUUAAUAUUUAUUCGAUCUCACCCUUCCUCUUUUUUUCCUUCCCUCUUCCAUACUCACCACUACAAGGCAUAGCUAAAAACCCAAUUCCAAUGUCUUCCAUCAUAAAAAUCACAACGUCUUUGGCGUGUCUAGUCACAGCCGUCCUAGCCAAUGGCGGGGACUGCCCACCGGGCAAGGUGUUCUACUCAUGCGCCAACGGAUAUCGGGGAUGCUUCGAGAAGGACCCGUGCGCGCUUCCCCCGUUCACCAGCACCACUAUCAUCGACCCGAAACCCACCUCCAUUGUGGACCGCGAUACCCCAAAACCCACUGAAACUAUCGUCGACACCCCGGGAGUCGGCGCUCGCUCCGAUGACCCGACCCAGUGCGUGCCGGGCAAGGUGUUCUACUCGUGCGCCAACGGAUACCGGGGCUGCUUCGCGAAGGACCCGUGCGAUCUCCCGCCGGCGGCCAAGACAUCCCUCGUGCUGCCGAAACCCACCCAAACCUUCGAGACCAAGGUCCGCCGCGAUACCCCAAAGCCCACUGAAACUAUCGUCGACACCCCGAACGUCGGCGCCCGCUCCGACGACCCGACGCAGUGCCUGCCCGGCAAAGUCUUCUACUCGUGCGCGAACGGGUACCGCGGGUGCUACGCGCAGGACCCGUGCGCGCUGCCCCCGAUCGCCACCACCACUCCCCCCAUCGGCACCGUGACCCCGACCCCGACCCCCACCGCCGGCGUCUGCGCCCCCGGCUCCACCGGCGAGGUCCGCCAGCCCAAGAUGUACAACCUGUACCCGGCGCAGCCCGACCUCGCCGACCCGCCCGUGUCGCAGCUGGAGGUGCACCGCGUGGCGGGGUCCGCCGCUCGCGAGCAAGUGGCGAUCUUCGCCGGGAUCCCCGCGGGCGCGACGCAAUGCGUGCUGCAGUGGCAGGCGGCGGCGGCGAGCGAGCGGCACUUCACCGUGGACGGCAACGGGUCCCUGGAGGCGGCGCGGCUGUCGGGGGUGCCGGCGGAGCCGGUGUCGGCGGGCAGCGUGGCGGGGCAGGUGGGCGGGGAGGAGGGGGUGCUGCACCCGGACUUCACGAACUGGCCGCUGGUGGCGACGGCGCACAACUCGACGGCGGGGGUCAUCGCGUGCGCCGAGGCGCUCGCGUAUAAGUUCGCGAUCAACCAGGACAGCGCUUCGGGAGACGGGAGCGUGUUCCUGGCGCAGGAUGCGAAGAAUGGGCUGUAUGUCAGCUACAAGUGCUAGGCGCGCUGCUGAAGCAACCAAGUAACAAACGAUAGGAAAUAAAGACG